UCUAGUCCUUCAGUUCCCUGGGUCCAGGUAGCAGUGACUCCGGCAGGCUCACCUGGUCCACACCAUGACCACUUGCUGGCAGGGCCUGUGGGCCUAUCGUUCCUACCUGAUUGUGUUGCUUCUGCCCAUUAUCCUGCUGCCUCUGCCCAUUCUCAUCCCCACCAAGGAAGCCUACUGUGCCUAUGCCAUCAUCCUCAUGGCACUCUUCUGGUGCACUGAGGCUCUGCCCCUGGCUGUCACUGCCUUCUUCCCUCUCUUCCUGUUCCCUCUGAUGGGCAUCAUGGAAGCCUCUGAGGUCAGCACUGAGUACCUCAAGGACACCAAUAUCCUGUUCAUCGGGGGGUUGAUAGUGGCCAUUGCUGUGGAGCACUGGAACCUGCACAAACGCAUCGCUCUCCGAGCGCUCCUCAUCAUUGGGGUGCGGCCUGCCCUGCUGAUCCUGGGCUUCAUGAUGGUCACAGCCUUCCUGUCCAUGUGGAUCAGCAACACAGCCACCACAGCCAUGAUGGUCCCCAUUGCACACGCAGUCCUGGAGGAGCUGCAAAAUACACGAAUGGACAGCCAGGGAGGCAGUGACAACCCCACUUUCGAGCUCCAGGAUCCCAGUCCCCAGAAGGAGGUGACCAAGCUUGAAAAUGGACAGAUCACACCUGCUCAUUCAGAGCCAAGAGCCAUGAAGAGCAAGGAGGAGGUCCGCUUCUCCAAGGGUAUGAGCCUGUGUGUGGCCUACUCAGCCAGCAUCGGGGGCAUCGCCACGCUGACCGGCACCACGCCCAACCUGGUGAUGCAAGGCCAGAUGCAGUCGAUCUUCCCCGAAAACCCCAACAUCAUAAACUUUGCCUCCUGGUUUGGCUUUGCCUUCCCCACCAUGGUCAUCUUGCUGCUGCUGGCUUGGCUAUGGCUGCAGUUCCUCUUCUUGGGUUUCAACUUCAAGAAGAACUUUGGCAUUGGAGAUCAGGGGAAGGAGAAAAAGCAGGCAGCCCUCCAAGUCAUCAAGAUACAGCACAAGCUGCUGGGCCCCAUGAACUUUGCUGAAAAGGCUGUCACAGUCCUCUUCGUCAUCCUGGUGGUGCUCUGGUUCACCAGGGAGCCAGGCUUCUUCCCUGGCUGGGGCAAUCUGGCUUUUGCCAACAGCAAAGGGGAAAGCAUGCCAUCCGAUGGAACCGUGGCAAUGUUCAUCAGUGUAAUUCUAUUCAUAGUGCCCUCCAAGAUCCCAGGCCUGACCCAGGACCCCGAAAACCCAGGGAAGCUGCAGGCCCCUCCUGCCCUCCUCACCUGGAAGACAGUGAACGAGAAGAUGCCCUGGAACAUCAUGCUGUUGCUAGGUGCUGGCUUUGCUCUGGCCAAAGGUAGUGAGAAAUCUGGCCUGUCAGAGUGGGUGGGGGACAAACUGUCACCACUGCAGCACAUGCCACCUCCUGCCACUGCACUCAUCAUCUGUCUCCUGAUUGCUACCUUCACCGAGUGCAUUAGCAACGUGGCCACCACCACACUCUUCCUGCCCAUCCUGGCCUCCAUGGCUCAGGCCAUCUGCCUCCACCCACUCUACAUCAUGCUCCCCUGCACCCUGGCUUCCUCCCUGGCCUUCAUGCUGCCUGUGGCCACCCCACCUAAUGCCAUCGUCUUCUCCUUUGGAGGUCUCAAAGUGACUGAUAUGGCUCGUGCUGGAUUCCUGCUCAACAUCAUCGGGGUGCUGGUCAUCAUGCUGGCCAUCAACACCUGGAGCUUCCACAUCUUCAACAUGCACACCUUUCCCUCCUGGGCCCAGUCAAAUGCCACCCAGUGUUUUCCCAGCCAGCCCGACCACACCACAGCCAGCCCCUAGACAGGGGUGCAACCUGCCCAAGCCCACCUCCAUGCCCCUCCUCUGAACCAAGAGGAGACAUCCCAAGCUCCAAGCCCAGGGCCCAGGGAGAAAUGUCCCUGUGUGUAUAAUCUCUGUGUCCAUGAGAGGGUGUGUGCAUCCUCUCCAGUGUGUCAGAGGAAAAUGUCUGCAUUUGUACGUACACACACGUGUGCUCGAGAGGGCAUCCUACGCAUGCAGGCUUGACAGUGCACCUGUGUGCAUCUGCAGAAAACAUACACAUCCUUCCUUGUCUUCCUAGCUUGGGAACCAGACCCCUUUGCACAUAUUUAUUGAAACUUGAGAUUAGAGUGGCCUGGGAGCAGGGCCUGCCAUAGGUAUGGCCUUUGGGACUCCAGCCCAGCCUCUCAAAGUUUGGGAAGGGUUCAGAUUUUAGCCCCAUUAAAGCCUUUUUCAGUUGA